AAGUUGCGUUUUUAAAUUUUGAUACAUAGCAUUCUAUUCUAUUUGUACUUAAACCCAUUCAGUUUAUUCCGAUUGAUCGGCUUGAGAAAAUAUCUACAUUAUGUUUUUCUUCUUUAACAAAUCAAAACAAAUAAAAAUUCUGCUAUUUCAUAUGCUUUAAUUUACAUUACAAAACAAUGAAAAAGUUUAACAAUAAUAACCUCAUGUUUAUUAUGAUUUUAGCAAUAAGAUUAUUAAGUGUCUAUAUUGUUCAAACAUUUUUUGUUCCUGAUGAAUUUUGGCAGUCCUUAGAAGUUUCUCACAAAUUGACUUUUGGCUAUGGAUAUUGGACUUGGGAAUGGCAGAAAAAAAUUAGAAGCUCUGUGUAUCCUAUUCUCAUCAGUAUUUUCUACUCAAUCUUGCCUGAUUUUAAGACUGUUAUAAUUCAUUUUCCCCGUAUUCUCCAGGCUCUUUUGUCUGCAUUGGGUGAUUACUAUACUUUCAAAUUAGCAUCAAAGUUGUUUGGUUGUCACUGUGGUCAAUGGACCGUCUUUAAUAUAUGUUCAUCCUGGUUUUUAUUCUAUUGCUCUCCAAGAACACUGACUAAUAUGGCAGAGACUUCUUUUACUGCAAUUGGAUUAUACUUAUAUCCCUGGAAAAUGAAACCAAACAAAAAAACAAGCUGUAAAUAUUUAUGGUUUACUGGUGCAAGUAUAUUAAUGAGACCAACUGCUAUUGUGAUGUGGAUUGCAUUAUAUGCAUACCAUGUUUGGAGAGAAAAAUAUAUUUACCACUUAUUCAAGAAUACUUUUAUCUCUGGGACCAUUUUGUUUAGUUUUCUGAUUAUAUGUGACAGAUGGUGUUAUAAUCAGUGGACAGUAACUUUGUAUAAUUUUUUCUUGUUCAACUGGAGCAAAGAUAUUGGAAUUUUUUAUGGUAGUCAUCACUUCCUAUGGCUCUUAGUUGUUGGACUACCAGUAGUUUUGACCACUCUCAUCAUACCGUUCGUACUAGGUCUUACUAUACGGAAGUUGAGACCCUUCUACAUUUUAGUUCUAUGGUUCAUCUUGAUAUUCAGUAUUCCUAGUCACAAGGAGUUUCGUUUUUUACUACCAGUGAUGCCAGUAUGCAUGAUCAUAACCGGUGUAGUAAUGACUGAAAUUGCCAAUGAAAAAGUGCAACUUUAUAGACUAAAAAUUAGCAAAAAUUUGAGCUCAUAUUUGGCAUUUUCUUCCAUUUUAUGUAAUGCCCCCUUGUCUAUAUAUAUGAGUGUCUUUCAUCAAAGAGGGACCAUGGAUUUGAUGCACCAUAUUUCCCAUAUUGCAACAGAUGACUCAAAAAUACUGUUUCUAAUGCCUUGUCACUCAACACCAUAUUACAGCCAUGUUCACAAAAACAUUAGUAUGAAGUUUCUGACUUGUGAACCAAAUUUUGAAGAUUCUGUGAAUUACAAGGAUGAAGCUGAUGAGUUCUUCCAAGAUCCUAGUAAAUGGCUGACUUCGUUUUAUGAAUUAGAUUCGAAAAAAAUAUAUCCAUCACACAUUGCUAUGUUUGAUUCAUUGUAUGAUCAAGUGUCCAUAUUUCUUGAGAGACAUCGUUAUUAUUUGUGUUUUAGGACGUUCCAUUCACAUAUUACAGAAAAUAAGAGAGGAAAAUAUGUUCUUUUGUAUUGUAAAAGUUAAUUGCAGUAAGGAAACUUAUGUACAUAUAUUUGUAUUUUAUGAUGCUUUAUUCAAGUUUGUAACCUCAUAUUGUCUAAGUAAUUAGAAUAUAAUUUUUUUCUUUUCUUAUUACAUCUAUUUUUUAAUCAUAAUACUAUUAUUAGUAAGGAUAAAAUGUGACAUAAUUCCUUCAAAAGUAAACAAAAAGUCUUUUUCCUUUUCCUUAAAAUAUGUUUUAGCACUGAAAAACUUAUUUAAAACAUUGUAUACAUAUAUUAUUAAAACUCUGUGCUAUGGAUUUAAUAUAUUGUAUUUAUGUAUUUAUAAUUCUAUAGUGUUUAAGAUUCACUUAAAACUGGUACAAAUGUUAUCCAUACCUUUUUCCUUAUAUAUGUCAUUGGCUUACAAGGGAAGCACAUCCAGUAUAUUCCAAUUUUGAGUUGUUUUUUUUAAUGUUAAAAAUGAUAUAAUUUUUAAAAAGGUAAAACUCAUUAAAUGAUAUUCUUAUUAAAUACAAAUUUGUUAUUAAUAUUAUCAUAACAUUAUUGUUAUUUGAUCUAUAAAUAUCCCGAAACUAAAAUCAAUUGGUUUUUGAAAUGACACUUAAAAAACUUGUCAAAAUUUGACAAAAAUUGUCAAAUACCUGGAGCAAGUUUCUCUCCUAUUAUUGGGAACAUUUUAUUAUAAAUCAAGCUGCAUAACUAUUUAAAUUGUGCUCAAUACUUGUGUUGUAAUUAUUGCCAUUAUUGUGGUUCUUUUUUAUUUAUCAUUUACAAAAAAAUAACUGCUUAAAAAAAUAAAUGAUAAAUAAAUUAACUCUUUUAUUUAAAACAAAAUGCAUUGUACUAUUGAAAUCUUAAAGAUCGUCAUUAUUUUAUAUAUUACAGUAAAACUAUUAUUAUUCAGUUCAGCUGUCGCUUAGCCAAGCAAUGUUAACCGACAAUGUGAAACUUGUUACACUAAACUUAUUAAUAAAGACAACUGUGAUUUUGUAACACAUUCUAAAAGCGUUUGUUCAAACCCUUGAAUCGCAAGUGAUGUUUUGAAAUCAAAUAGUGUUAAUGUCAACACAUUAAAUUCCAUUUGGGACAAAAUUGAAGAUUUAUUACAAUUUCCUUUCUUGGGGUGAUAAACACAGUUUCACGAAAUCUGUCAUAAAUUUUAUUCUAACGACAAGGAUGCAUUUCAUUUGUAAUAAAGCUAACAAGAUUGAAAUGUUCAAUUUCAACAAAACAAAUUGAUAAAGAAAAUUAUCUAAACUAUAAAAUGUUGUAUGCAAAUUUGAUAAAUAAUUUUAUUUAUUUUUUUUUAAAAAUAAAAGAUUUGAUGUGA